AGUUUUGUGAACGAGAAUCAAAAGAAAUUGGCCCAGAAAAAGGGCAACAAGACGAGUUGCAAUCUGUCUUCGUGAUGGAAGAACAACAAGAAAUCCCAACCUAUUGGCAGGAAUAUGGGGCCAAUGCCAUCCGAGGCAGUAUCUCCGCCGUUAUCAUGGCGGUCCUGAUCGUGAUCCUGGCUUACUUGUUCAAACGCCUGGACAAAGCCAAAACCCCAUCGGAUAACUCCGUAUACUACAACACUCAAAGUGGCUCGGUCCAAGCCAACACGGGCUUGAAAAAUUAUGGCUUUUCCAACAGCAGUAACUUUGCAUCCAGUGGAAAGGGACAAUCUGGGACAAGAGGGGGCUACAGCAAUGCGGGGUAUGGUGAUGGCAGUGAUUACGGGGGCGAAGGAGGAGGAUGCGGGGACAGUGGCAGCGGUGGUGGUGGUGGCGAUUACGGAGGCGGAGGCGGAGGAGGAGGAGGAGGAGGGUACAGUGGCGGCGGUGGUGGUGGUGGCGAUUGUGGAGGAGGAGGAGGGGACAGUGGCGGUGGGGGUGGUGGUAGUGGCGGCGACUGCGGAGGAGGAAGUUGAUUCAAUUUUCCAUGCGCCAAGGUUGAUCCCGAUUGGUCAGAACGAAUGCAAAAAAAUAAAAAAUAAAAAUCAAGCGUCAAUAUACUAGCAUAUACUAUCCAUAGUAUGUGUGGGUUCUAAUAAUUGAAAUAUAACCUAAAUUUCCCAGA